UUUCUAUUUUAGGGAUGAUUCCAGCUGUGAUCCUGAGGUCUGAAUGUCGAGAAAAUCAUUGCAACAGAGUUUCUGGAAAGCUCUUCCAGACAUUGCGAACAAAGAAUGGUGAAAGUUGUUGUUGCUAUUGCUGCCAUCACCAACAUCAUCAUCACCAAACAAGAUGUACACGUUUGGAGGAAGGUAUCUACAGCUAUAUGACAGCCCUGGCAAGUGACAAAAACAUUCGGUUUUGCUCCCUGGUCUGACAUUGACAACAAGGAAAACACAUUUUUUUUUUACUGAAAAAACAAAAAAAAAAACAAGAAAAAAAGAAAAGAAAUAACCAAAAAAUCUUUUUAAAAACCCUAAAAAAAAAUUACCCCUCUUCCCUAAGUCGGAAGUUUAUCUGUGUCGUCUUUCUUCUCCAAGUGAAAUCCAAAAGGUUUGUGUUGGAUUUCGUGUCUCAGCACAUUUGCCCUUCAUCAUGUAUCCCGCACAGUUUAUGUAUGCCAUGGGCAACCAUCAGCCCAACAUCUACAGCCAGCCCACUAGCUUCUACCCCAAUGAACAUUUCUCAAAAUGCCACGAGAAGGGCCUUCUUCUGUCUGAGAAGUCUUUCGGUUCCGUUGGCAAGCAACACUCCCAGAUGCCAGACUCGUACCGCAAGGAUUUCUCUCCUGGCCUGAGCAGCCCAGACCACAUGCACGACAGCAGUAGUCACAUGACACAGUCGAUGAGGCCACUGGUGGCCCCACCUGGAGGCAAUACUGGAAACAUGGGUAGCGGCAACGGCAACAACGAUGGUGCUGGCGGCGGCGGUGGUGGUGCUGGUGGCGGAGGUGGAGGAGGAACAUGUGGUGGCGGCACUGGCAACAACAACAACAACAGCAACAACAACAACAGCGGCAACAACAACAACAACAAACAGUACUAUUGCACAUUCUGCAAGAAGGGCUUCACGCAGCAGAUUAAUUUGAAAACACACGAACUGACACACACGGCCGAGAAACCGUUCUGCUGUGCCACAUGUGGCAGAGCUUUCGCUCAGAAAGCAGCCUUGCGGAACCACGAAAGAACACACUCGGGCGAAAAGCCUUUCAGUUGUACUAUUUGUAAAAAAAGCUUCACUCAACUCGGUAACUUGAGCACACACUUAAGGACUCACUCGGGGGAAAGGCCGUUCAAAUGCACGAUAUGUGAGAAAGCUUUCACCCAGCAUGCAAACCUCAACAUUCAUCUGAGAACACACACCGGGGAAAAGCCUUACGAGUGCGAAACUUGUGGGAAACGGUUCUCCCAGAGGACGAACUUGGAUAACCAUAGGCGUAUACACACUGGGGACAUGUUCAAGUGUGCGUUUUGUGGGAAAGCCUUUAGCCUGCAGAUUAACCUGAGGAGUCACGAACGCAUUCAUACGGGGGAGAAACCUUACAAGUGUUCGUUUUGUGGACGGGACUUUUCACAGCAGACUGCUCUCAAGAACCAUGAACGGAUUCACACGGGCGACAAACCGUACAGUUGUUCCGUGUGCGUGAAGGCGUUCAGUCAGCUGGGCAACCUUAACAUCCACAUGCGAACACACACAGGGGUCAAACCCUAUUCUUGCGACCUCUGUGGUAAGUGUUUCUCUCAAAGAACCAAUUUAAACAACCACAGGCGGACACACACCGGCGACCUCUUCAAGUGUUCGAUGUGUUCGAAAGCGUUCAGCUUGGAAAUCGGUCUCCGCAACCACGAACGAGUGCACACGGGUGAGAAACCUUACUACUGCACCGUGUGCAACAAGACGUUUGCACAGCGUGGCAACCUGAAAACUCAUCUUAGGGUCCACACUGGCGAGAAACCGUACCAGUGUGACGUGUGUGGGAAAAGCUUCUCACAAAGGGCCAACCUGAAUAACCAUAAACGCACUCGCACUGGAUGUGAACUCUUCACGAAAAACCCACCAACUUCCAUGUCUCUGUCCUCACAGACAUCCUCUUCGAAUUCAGUGACCCCGUUGACCUUAGUUCCCGGCAUGUCUGCCCAGGCCUCAGCAGCAGCAGCGGCGGCGGCAGCAGCAGCAGCCGCAGCUGCAAGGAUUAAGGAUUCCGGCCACAUCAAAACGCCACCGUCUUCUACACCGUCGUCGUUCAAUGGUAACGACGGCUCCACUGCUGGUACCCCCUCGGACAAUGGUGCUGCCACAAACAACAACAACAACAACAGGAGCAGUUGCCAUGGCAACAGUAAACAGGACCCGCUGCAUCUGUCUACAUCGGAUUCCCAAAAGACGCCCCCUGGCCUAAAGAACAAUGGGAUGGACCCGAACCUGCUCAGUCCAGACAGUGUUGCAAUGAACGGCACCGGGGGUGAGCCCCAGCCCCACACGUCGCCUCACCCCCAUCUCAACCCGCCCCACCACCCCCACCACCCGAGCGCCGUCAGGUUGCAGACGCCGGCAGUGACCACUUCCUGGAUGACAUCUGCAUACCUGCACGAGAUGCCACAGAGCUGGGAGAACAACUACCUGUGGGCCAGAGGAUUCCCCGUCUCCCACAUGUCCGGCAGCGGAUGGCCCAACAUGCCCAACACGUUCCCAGGCAGCAUGAAGCACAAACAGAACUCUUGGCCCAGCAUUCAAGACAUGAGCACGUCAUCAAAGAGUCACGCCAUUGACCCAAACUCCACGAAAUAGCAGGAUGAGGGCCCGUUGUCCUCUCGGUCACUUUAUUAAUCAUUUGUUACUCUCUCUCCUUCUUUCUCUCUCCCUCUCUUCAUCUUUGUAUAGCCUUUGUUGUUGUUGUUGUUGUCAUGUUUGUCACCAUUGUUAUACCCACCACCACCACCACUAUUACCAUCACUCAUCAUCAUCGUCAUCAUUAUUCAUGGACCCCUUCGUCCUGCUCAUUACUAACACCUGGGGUUGCUGCAGGUGUCCCUCCUUCCCUUUCCACUCUUAUCCCACCUCACCCUCUCCAUUGAAGUCCAGUGUGACCUCCCUGUUAUGUGUCUUAUGUGGUGGUCACUACAUGGUAACAACCAGUUAGCUGUAGGUUGUAAGGAGGAAGGAUCUAAGGGUUCGAUGUAGGGUGGGAGCAGUUGCUAGGCUGACCCAGCUGCACUUGGUGGGGUCAGUCAGUUCUCCUCUUUAUUGUCAUCGUCAUCAUCCGCAUCAUGUCAUCACUGCCACUACCUCCUUUAAUGGCCAAGUCAUUCCCACCCUCACCACCACCAUCACCGUCACAAUGUCUUUGCCAUUGUUCGUGUGGCUAUUACCAUCACCGUUAUCAUCUCCAACACCAUCAGCAUCCCGUCGUUAUCCUUAGCUCAAUUAUCAUCACCUCGCCACCCUAAUCGCCCAUCUCCCCUCCCCCAUCUCAUUAUUUUAGUUAAUCAUUGAAGCAGCUUCUAAGUGGCUAUUUGAUAUGCUAAAUACAACAGCCAAAUACUUUACCUCAACCAAUCCCCUGCCACCCACUUCAUGAUCUAAAUUCUAAAAUUUCAAUUAACAUGCCUGACAAUUAGGACAUGACAACUCCCUGGCUACA